AGCAUGAAAUUAAAUAUAAAUAAACAUUUGAAUUUAGAGGAUUUAAAUGAUCCUACAUAUUUUUUCAUACCAAUAUUGGAUGAAUCUAUGGUAUAUGCUACACAUGUAACAAUAUCUUUAAUUUCAAAUCCUCAUAAUUGCUCAUUUGACUUUAUUCAAAAUUUGUUACAACAAUUUUUCUCAUCUCCAAAAUAUCUACGUUCAAAUGAUAUUAUUAGUGUCAAUGUACAGAAAUAUGUGCCGGAGAUAAAGUGCAAUACAAUAGCAUCAACAUGGAAUACACUACAUUUUAGAAUAAAUAAAAUAUACAUUAAAAAUAAGCAAUUAUCUAGAGAUGGAGGUUUUGCUAUUUAUAGCAUAACACGCAUAAUUCAAAAUGAAAAUAAAAACAGUUAUUUUCCACGUAAAUGCCUAUGUGAUAUUGCAAUUCACAUAGAAGAAUCCUUAGUAAGUAAGUGGGUACCAAUCUGGAACAAAUUAAUUGAAGAAAUACAACUUUGCGUUUCUCCAUUUUUACAAAAAGAUAUUUGUAUCCAUGUAAAACCAAUAUUUCUUAUGGAAGGUCCAGCUGGUAGCGGCAAGUCUUUGCGUAUCAAAAUUCUUGCAGAAAUAUUAGGACUACAUUUAUUGAUAGCAGACUUUGUUAAUAUUCAAUGCCCGACAUUUGUUAAAACUGAACAAAAUUUGCAGCAAAUUCUAAGCGAAGCUGAAAAAUGUAAACCAUGUAUACUAAUGCUACAAAAUAUUCAUAUAUUUGGUGUUAAUUCUCAAGGCCAAAAGAAUGAAAAAGUUCUUCAGAAAUUUGAGACUGAAAUUGACCUAUUAUACAGUGAAAAAAGAGAGUAUCCAAUUAUUAUAAUAGCAACAUCGGAUAUAUCUGAAAUUCCAAUAGAUACUGAAAAGAUAUUUACUGAAAUAAUUGCUGUUAAGGAUUUAGAAGAGGAAGAUAGAUAUCAAUUGUUAUCUUGGUUUAUAGAAAGUAAGGGUUUAAAACACCAGGCAGACUUACAACAAAUAAGUAAAAUGUGUUCAAAUUUUGUGUUAGCUGACCUCGAAGCCCUUGUACUAUAUGCCACAAAAAAUCGUUAUAAAAUAGUUAAUUCUUCAAAUGAAAGCGAUAUUUUAGAAUUAUUUAACGAAGACUUUAUUUUUGCAUAUGAGUAUAUGAAAUCUUUAUUUUCUAAUGAAAUUGGUUCACCACAUGUUCCAAAAGUUCAUUGGGAAGAUAUUGGAGCGCUGGCCGAUGUAAAACAUGAAAUCAUACGUAGAAUUAAAAUGUCUUCACUGAAUAUUUCAGGCCUAAAUAAGUCUGGUAUUCUUUUGUAUGGACCACCUGGAACUGGCAAAACUUUAUUAGCAAAGGCAGUGGCCACAGAAUGUCAGCUUCAUUUCUUAACUGUAAAAGGGCCAGAAUUAUUAAAUAUGUAUAUUGGACAAAGUGAAAAAAAUAUUAGAAAAGUGUUCGAGCGAGCGAGAUCAGCAGCCCCAUGCAUAAUAUUUUUCGACGAGCUAGACUCCUUGGCGCCAAAGCGAAGCGAAAAGGGUAACAAUACGUCCAUGCAUCGGGUUGUCUCGCAGCUACUCGUUGAAUUGGACGGGCUCGAGGACGUAAGCAGAAUCUUCGUGAUAGGCGCGACCAAUCGUCCGGACCUCAUUGAUCCAGCUUUAUUGAGGCCAGGUCGUUUCGACAAGAUGCUUUAUGUAGGGGUGUGCUCAGAUCCUGACUCGCGUUUGAGUAUCCUGAAGGCCUUGACGCGGCGCUUCAAGAUGGAAAAGCACGGCCAAGAACUGGAAACCCUCGUACAUCAGCUACCGGACAAUUUAACCGGGGCCGACCUCUCCUCAGUCUGUUCGAAAGCUUGGUUAAGAGCUGUGCACAGAACUCUGGCAAAUGCGAAUUCCAAUGAGAAACUUAUCGAUGAUGUGAUAGUUAGACUGGAUGAUUUCGUGCAGGUUAGUGGGGAAUUAGUGCCUUCGGUUAGCAAAGAAGAAUUGAUACGCUAUAAAAAACUUGAGAACCAAUUAUCCUGGAAAUGAUUUGUCGAUUCGAUCUGUGCGUUUGUAUUGUGUACAAUGUAUUUGUCUGUAGGACGUUAUAUAUAUUAUAACUUCAGGAUGUAAUUAAAAUGAAUGGGAGAUAUAUAUAU